UCCUCCAUGAAAUAAAAAGAAACAUCUUAGAGAGAGAAAAAGAAAGAGUGAGAGGGAUAGAAAAGCUUUAGGGUUUCAAAAAGACUGAGACUCUUUAAAAUGGGCAUCAUGAUCAAUCACCAUUUGCUCGCUAUCAUCUUCGGCAUCUUAGGAAACGCAAUAUCCUUCUGUGUAUUCCUCGCUCCAUUGCCAACGUUUUAUAGAAUAUACAAGAAUAAAUCGACGGAAAGUUUCCAAUCACUACCGUACCAAGUGUCGCUAUUUAGUUGCAUGCUAUGGCUCUAUUACGCAUUGAUUAAGCAAGACGCUUUUCUCCUGAUUACCAUCAACUCUUUUGGCUGUAUCGUGGAGACUAUAUACAUCGCCUUAUUUUUCGCUUAUGCCACCAGGGGAAAACGGAUCGCAGCUAUGAAGUUGUUCUUCACGAUAAACGUUGCUUUCUUCUCGUUGAUCCUAAUGGUUACACAUUUUGCGGUUAAAAGCCCUAGCCUCCAAGUCUCUAUUAUUGGCUGGAUUUGUGUUGCCAUUUCUGUUUCUGUUUUCGCUGCUCCUCUAAUGAUCGUGGCUCGUGUGAUAAAGACAAAGAGUGUAGAAUUCAUGCCCUUCACCCUCUCGCUCUUCCUCACUAUAAGUGCCGUUAUGUGGUUCGCUUAUGGCGCAUUCCUCCACGACAUAUGCAUAGCAAUUCCAAACGUGGUGGGAUUCAUACUAGGGAUGUUACAAAUGGUUCUGUACGGAGUUUACAGAAACUCAGGAGUGAAAAUAGAUGCUGAGAAAAAGAUAAAUUCAUUAGAUCAACAACUUAAGACUAUUGUCGUAAUUAGUCAGUUAGGUGUGUCGGAAGUGCACCCAGUUGACAUCACGGUGGACCCACUCUCUGACGCCGUUCAUCAUGAAGAUCCAUCCAAACAAGAGGAGCCAUCAAUUGAAGAUGGAAAAUGCCACAUGAAGACUUACCGUCUUGAAUAUGUUUGAAGUGUUGAUAUGUCAGAAGCAAAAAAAUAUAUCUCUCUUUCUUGCCUCGUUGGCCGGCCAAAUAAAAAAUUGUUGUUCGUAAGUUGAAAGUUGAAACUAUAGUGCUCUACAUAA